AUGGUCCCAGCGGUAUCCCGUCCCCCUCUACAAUCGGUAUUCACAGAAUACUCUGGAGACUCUGGUAGCCAGCAGGGGACGCUGGACGGAACCUGCGAUGAGAACGGACUCCGGCGGCAAAAGAGCGUCCGGUUUGCCAAGUCAAGCAAGAACAAUGCCGCCAAUGGCACCGGCAUCCCCCGACGCCGAAGUGUUCUGAGUCGCAUCGAAAAUCAGCAGAACCACGCAGCGCCCCAGAAGGCCGAUGAAUCACCGUGCUUCAACCCAUUCACAGCCAAAUUUGUCGAGUCUCUACCUCCUGCCGAGUCGUACAGACCGGUAGACGAAUGUGCGUCUGUCCCAGGUUCGUACAGGAAGCUCCGCAAGUCUAGGUCCAUGUUCUCCCCAACAGGCCAGACUCCCACGCCUAAGUACUACUUCAGCAAUUCCCCGGGGCAAGAAAUUCCCACACCUGCACUCAGGCGGAAGUCGAUGCAGAACAUCAAGGAGAGCAAGUCACCAAAAAGAAACCGCAGUCUCAGAGCUCCAAAGUCUAUGAGCUUCCUGAAGUCCACAGCGACAAGGUCCAAUCUUCGGACGAAUACCAAUGAAAGCGAAAACAGCGGAAACAACUUCGGUGGAGACGGACAAGCACCCCUUCAAAGCCGCACCUCGAGGUUGUUCACUUCAAACAAGGAGGGCAUUCGUCAAUCCAUGAGAGAUCCCUCAGCGGGCAACCUUGCGGUUCCGAAGCGCAACGGCUCCCUUCGCAAGAAAGCCCGAAAAGUGUCCAAUGGUUUCAAAACUAGGCUGAAGUCUUUCUUCGGGCUCACCAAGAAUGAGGGGCAAGGGCUAGAGGGAAAGAUGGAGUCACAAGCAGGGGUUGGAAGCCACGACGAAGGCGACAGAGACGUAGACGAUGACGCCUAUAUGGAUAUUGACGACCCAGUGCUGGACGAAUGUUCAAUCUCCCAGGUCCCAUCACGCGUACCCUCUCUCCAUGCCUCAUCGUCCGCUCAACAGCUUCGAUCUCGUCAAGGCAGCAUAGAGAGCAUCGAAAGCCUCAGGAAAGUCUUGGAUGAUCAGUCCGACGAGAAGUCUCGAGUCACAAGUUGGACAAGCUCAGGAACGCACACUCUCAACAGCCAAAGCUCUUGGGGCGGGGAAAGAGAUCGGCAGAGGCUUUCCGUCAUCAAGGAAAAUGGGCCACAUCAUUCAUCGUCAUCGUUUCGUCGACCAACCAUGGACGAACGCAGUCCUUACGAAUUCGAGGCUGUGUCUCCUCAAAAACCGAGCGGUCCGCCUGUUCCUCCAGCAGUCGACAGCCAGAGGGUGUAUUCUGCGCUAAUGAAUCGGCUGUAUGAGGUCAACCAGAAAGAGAACAUACGAGAGGCCAGCAGCGAGGACUUCCAGAAGCAGGAGGCAAAGAAACUACGCAGGUCGCUGGAUGACAGCCCGCCAACAAUCAGAUGUGUACGGUCAGACGACGACGUUUUCCGGGAUGACCCGCCGACUCAGAUACCUCCUGUCGGCAUUGUGGAGACGACUGAAGAUGGCUCAUUCUCGGAAUCAGGGAGCGUCAUCCACUAUCCCACAAGGAUCGCUCCCACGGGCGCACAAUACAGCCCGUAUCCUGGACCUGCAGUAGGUGACGAGAAAAGGGUUCUGCCUGUCACCGUUAGAGAGGUCUCGGCUGCUCCGAAAACGCUGUCUACUCGAAGCUCGGCCUUCUUUGGCAGCCCGACGUGCCACUUGUUCCGGACUACAAGUCCUUACCGUCGAGCGUUGCAGAAGUCAAUGAAGGAGAGCAGCUCUGAGUCAUCUGCGCCUCCCGAGCUGAAUCUGGAUCUGGUAUCCACGAGACGUCAUCCAAGUCUCUCUGGCGAUGACCCCCGUCUGGCCUAUUCGGACAGCAUCUAUUCUGACCAGCCCAUGUCACCGAGGCUGCUAUCGCCGCAGCUUCUCUCGUCGGAGCUUCUGACGUCGGCGUUGGUUGCUCCCGGCGCUGUUCGUCCUCGUCGUCCGAGUGUCGGGUCGUCUUCCAGGACUAACGGGCUCACGCAUUCUAAGAGUUGCUACUCGGACAUUACUGAGCGGGCAGCAAACGCAUCCACUAGGUCUAGCUCCCACGGACGGUCGCGGUCUCAUACGCCAUGCGAGCCUUUGACAUACAUACCGACAAUGCCAACCGACACUGAGGCCAGAACCCCGUCGUAUGCCAGCUCUGUCGAAUGGAAGACCUAUCUCUCGGCAAACGCAUCCAAUAAUGACCUUCAUGCGCCUGUUAGACAGAUGAUGGAGGUGAGAUACGCCAAGCCCAGUAUGCCGAAAGGGCAUGUACGCGAGGGAGCUCAGAUGUACGCUGAAGAUGAGCCCAAGAUGUACAAACCGACUGGCCCUAUCAAGUUUCAUACACCACUUCGUACAAUGAGUCACAAUCGUCAGGCAUCAUCAGCCAGCCGUGCUGAGGGUGCAUUUUUGCCCAAGGCUUCCGCUCUUUACAGCAAUGAGAAUGCGAUUCCUUACUCAGAGGGCCGAGUAAACGGUCAUGUUCGUGUGUACGGACCACCACCGAUUCCACCCCGAAGCUCUCUCCGAGAAACUCCCUCAAUGCCACUGCUUCAGGCGCGUUCAUCCCAGAGCAAUAUUCCCGUCAAGUCACCCAACAGAGCGACUUCGAAGGUGCGCAGCUCUGAUACAAUGCCUGAUUUCACGUCGACCGAGAUGAAGCCGAAGACUCGAUCGCCUAUGAAGCUGGUCCGGCGUGUUGGGCUACGGAAGAGCCUCAAGCCGUCAGUCUCCAGCCCAGGGCUCGGCAUGACGGUGGAGAAACAAUUCGGCCCAAUGCUGGGCAGUGACCAGGUCAAUUGGGGUUCGCCCAGAGAGAGACGGCAAAGUGGCAGUGGUCGUCGCCUUUUGGACUCGAGCGAUUUCAACAGCACAGACACCUCAGACACGACUAGUUCUGAUGACUGGAGGGCUCAGAAGCUUGGUAGUCAGCAGAUGGUUGAGAACUUUCUCAGCGACAGACAUCGAGCCAUGGUCAGAAGCGAGCAUUCGAGAGCAUUCUUGUGA